CUCGAAAUAGUGUCAGGCAAUUAAUUAGAAAAAACGCGCCUGAACAAAAUGCAGUUAAAGAGUUUGUGGCUAGCCUUGAUUUUGGCCAACUCUCUGUGGCAGCCAGCCAACGCUAAUGACCAUCAACUGGCCAGGAAUGCCUGGCUGGAGGAGGCCGACUCGGAAGAGGAGGUGUUGCCGGGGCAACGCCUGUCUGAUGACUUGAGCGGAGAACGUGAUAAAAGUUCAGAACUGCAUCUGAGACACGAGCAGCAACAUCUGAUGGCGUGGGAGCUGAAGCUGCAACAGAAUCUGCAACAGCAUCUCCUGGCAACACCACUGCCGAUGCGUCAUCAUCAGCAUAAAUCUCAAGCCAUGUCCAAGAAGCUCCGCAAGAAAGCCAUUAAAAGAAGCCAGAGCCAACUUCAGUAUAACGAAUACCAUAACGACGAUCUCGAGUUGCACACCAUGGAGGAGGGGCAGCACUCUCCUGUCGAAUGGCUGCAAAUCGAAAUUGCCCAUCGGCGGAAGAAGGAGCAACAUCAGAGGCAAAGGCAGAUGCAACUGCAACGACAACCGGCAACAGCAACAGAAUCAAAUGCCGCCAAAUCGGAGGAUAAUGAUGUAAGAAAAGCUGGCAAGACAUUAGAAGACAAUGAUGGCCAUGAAAUCAAAAAUACAAUAUCACACAACUAUUUGCCGGGAGGUUCAACAAGGCGUAAGAUAGAAAUCAACGGAGAAGGGCACUCGAAGAAGCGUUUCUCGGAAGCGAACAAGCUCGCCCAGGAAAAUGUUAAGAGAGUAGCCAGGGAAGCUGCCUGCAGGAUUCCUCAAAAACGUUGCCUGCUCGUGCAACAGGACACUUCGAAGGAGUACUGGCCCCGUUGUGCCAUCCUGCAUCGCUGCAGUGAGGACAGCGGCUGCUGCCGGAAGGGUAAAAUAUGCGCCGCCAAGAGCACCCACAACGUUGAGCUAUAUUUCUUUGUGUACGACAUCAAAGAACCGCGUACGAUUGAAAAGCGCACCUUUGUAAAUCACACUGAGUGCCAUUGCAUCGAACGAUCCAAUUACAAUGAGGAAACGGCCAUGACAGUGGUCCGAGCCAGUGUAUUAAGCUGCACCUGUCCGAGCGGUUUCGAGAAAAUCCUACAGGACGACGACCAGUGCAGGUGCGAUUGCACUUCCAGCAACGCCGGCUGUGAUUCCCUGAAACGCGGCAAAGAACAUUUCUCCUUGAACGAUCGCAAGUGCAUAGAGCAAGGUCGCUGCAAGCUGCCCACCUGUGAAUACGGUCCUUUUAUCAAGAAACAAGGUCGCUGCCCCAAACAUAACGAACUUGCCUACAGUAUCAUGUCAUAAGCGCUGACAGAAUCUCCAAAAAGAUGAAAACCAGGAAAAGUAUUAAUCAGCCUGUGUGAAAACUCAAAACGGGACAGGUAGGAAAAACCACAAGAGUUUUUCCAUUCACCUGGCCGAGUAAAAGCAAAUAUAGAGACGUGAAUUAAGUUGCAUAUCCUAUACAAAAACAAUACGAAAAUACAAUUAAAAUAAAUCUAUUUAUACACAGGGAUGGGUCGACCUAGAUAUAUGAAGAAAAUACAGCGGUAUCGUAGUAGAAAUACUCCCCAGCUUAUUUUUCCAUUUUCACGAACAAAUAAUACAAAAUUUUUUUAUAAAAUUCCUAGUCGACCCAUCCUAAUAUACACCUACAUAUUAAAUGUAUAUCAAAAGAUUGUGUAUUAAAUGUUUUAAGACCACAAACAGUUUUGCUCUUAAUUCAAAAAAUUUGUAAAGAAAAAAAAAAGAAUAUUUAGCAAACAACUAAGACUUUUAUGUGCAUGUUUCGCUCCAAACAAAAAAACAAACUCACACGAAUAAUUGAACAUAAAUGAUUCAAUUUGCAAAGAAGCAUUAUAGAAAUAAACAAUAAUGAAUUAUGUGUAUUUUAUUCAUACGCAAAAUGAAAUUCCAAAUAUAUAAAUUGACUGCGUUUUUAGUUUUAAUUGACUAAUGUUAUGUUAUUUAAUUAUAAUAAACACAAUUAAACGAAAACACCUACGAGUUAAGCCUAUAAAUUACCUACAUACGAUGCAUAUAUUAUUCAUGUUAUUUAAAUUAAGUUUUAACACAAAACGAAAAAGAAAAACAUACGCAACAAGACUCAACACACAUCAGAAUACAAUCAUUUAAAAAAAAAACAAAAUUAAGUUUUCAUAUAUAAUUUCUAGUCAAAUUUUAAUUUUGUUUUUUUUUCCUCCAGUUUUGUAGCUUUAUUUUAAUAAUUCUGACUUUGAACUUACAAAAGCAAAAAGGCAUUUAAUAAAGUUACCAAAACAUAUGAAAACUAAUAACUAAAUGUAUCCAGAUAAAUGUAUAAACCAUAUAUGAAUAUUAACUAGCCCACAAACUCUCUAGCUUCGAUAAUAAAAUCCCAAGAAUUAAUUAAGAUAAUCUUCAAUUUUAAAGAGCUCAAAGCAAGCCAAACGAGUGACUUGAGAGAAAUCGAUUUUAUAUAGAACUUUAUUUUCCUUCGCCGAAUGCACCAUUUUAAUAUUAAGUUUGACUAAAUCAUAGUUCUCACACCAGGCACUGUAUAUAUAUAUUUUAGAUAUAAUAUAAAUUUAAGCGGCACUCGAAAUCAAACCAUUUGGCAUUUACAAAAAAAAAGGAAAAUAAUUCGUGGAUUUCAUAACACAUUUGCAUAUAUUAAUUUCAAUUGAAAUUUUUGGAACUCUAAAUUUUAUGAAUUUAUUUACCCAUUUAGCCCUGACACCGUAAGCCGUUCAAUGUUCUUCAUUUCCACGAUAUCGCAUUUACCAAUUUUUAUCGUUUGUUUGCCAUAAUUUACGGGCAUUCUAUUUGCUCAAAUUUUAAAUAUAAAUGUAUAUUUAUUAAAUCCGUUCCACACAAACGGACAAACUCAAAUAUCCAAACGUAUAGAUACAUUGCAAGCUCCAUGGUACGUUGAAUAUCAUAUGAAUAUUUCAAUAAAUCUGUGUAAUUGUUUAUAGAAGCUAUAUUGAGAAAAAAUUAACCGCAAAAUGAAAAGAAAACAUUUCAAAAUGAUUUUAUUUACCACUUUUAGCAUAAAUUUUAAUGUAUAAUAAGAGCCAAUGCAAAAAAAAAACAAAGUUGAACAGAAAAACCAACCAUUACUAAUAAAACAAAACAUAUUAUUACUAUGCAAAAAUCCAAAUAAAUAUGAAAGUGAAUAAAACGAAAAAUCCAACAAUGGAAA